AUGGUAGCCCGAUCGCUUGCAGGCCUCCUCACACUUUUCCUUCCCUUCACUGCACAAGCUGUUCCUAUUGGGAAUUCAACCAUCGAGGCAAGAGCAUUGGGCAAUGGUGUGCCUCUUCGCAUAAUACCGCUCGGCGCGUCGAUUGUCUACGGCCAGGCCUCGACUGAUGGCAAUGGAUUUCGCGCUCAUUUGCGCGCAAGCCUUACUGGCCCAAGAGGGAACCUUGUGAACAUGGUUGGUUCGCGCAAAUCGGGCACCAUGCUCGACAACGACGUCGAGGGCUGGCCAGGGUUUCGAGUUGACCAAGUCCACGUCAAGGCGACGAGCCCGAACGGCGGGCCUGUGGCACGAUUCAAACCAAAUGUAAUCCUGAUUAACGCCGGCACCAAUGACGCGCUUCAGUCUCACUCGCUCAACGACAUUGGUCGGCGUAUGGAAUCAAUGCUAAUUGACCUCUGGAACCGGUCACCACGCGCUGUGAUACUGCUCAGCACGCUCAUUAUCAACCGGAAGCCGGAGAUUGAGCGCAAUGUGAUUACGAUCAAUGCCCAGUACCGCACUCUUGCUCGGAGAUUGCGUCGUGAGGGCCGGCACAUCGUGCUUGUUGAGAUGCACUGCGACCCCAACGCGCCCACCGCCCACGACAUGGCUGAUACCAUUCACCCCAAUGAUAGCGGGUACAAGAAGAUGGCGGACUUGUGGUAUCGCGGGAUGCUUGAGGCCUCUGGGAGAGGGUGGCUGCAGCCGCCAGAAACAGUAGAGGGGCUUCCGGAUGAUGGAACUGCGUGA